AUGUCAUUUUUACCUUUUUUCUUAAUUUUGUUAUUUUUGUCAAAAAACGGACGUCCGGCUGAUUUAAAUGUCGGAACGACUGUAUUUACUAAAGCUGACAGGGCACGAGAGUGUUGGACGUCAGAAAAUGUGGCUUUAUUGGCGUCUCGAAUGAUCCUUGAGGACCUCUUACCCUGUCCCUCGGUCCUUAUUAUAGACUCGAACGAAUUCGUCACUGAUUUGAUCGAAUAUUUUCGCCUGAUUCUCGAAAUCGUUCGUAAAGAAACCCACGGAAAGACUAAACAUAUUACGUUGGUAGCCCUGAUGGAUUUAUUGGGGGGUUAUUUGCACCACGCCGUUCUCCCAAUUUCAAAAUAUGCUUUUUAUGCCGGUUUGAUCGAUUAUGACAGUAUUGCCAAGCUUUUGGGGCUAUUUGACGAAUUUAAGUUGUUUUUGCGGACCAAUGGACACGGCUGGACCAAACCCUUGGCACAAAAUUUUGAUAAUUUCGAAAUUCGGCUCCUCCCACUGCAAUCCCCCACCCCCGAAAAAGCCGACUGUGAUAAUUUGAUAUUCGUGCAAGGUGACCAACCUCAAAACAAUGAAAAAUCGGAACAUUGUGCUGCCACUAUCCCUUUACCCUUUUUUGAUUCAAACACCCGCCCUAGUUCCAUAGCCCUUCCGACUAAAUCCUGCCCUUUACACAACAUCGAAGCCAACACAUCUAGUUACCUCGUAAUGAAUUUUUUCGUAACGUCAUACAAAUGUCUCCAAUUGAAAAAAUCGGAAAAUAUCAACAAGUUUCAGUGUGAUUUCGUUCACUGGAUUGACGAACAAAUAGUACCGAGGCUCACCGAUGAGACAUUUUACGCUGCUUUUGGGGGAAUCCUCCGUGUGAGGAACACGUUGAAGAAGCUAGGUGUGAGCCAAGGCAAAGCCGAGCAACAAAUCAAUGAUUUUCAACAUGUCAUCGAGGAUGCUCAAAAGGGACAAUGGGCAAAGUUUCACAUGACAAGAACUAGUAUGGUUGUUUUUGUGGUGUUGGUAAUGCUUGUCAUUUGGGUCAUGUUUGGAACGAUGUGUGCUUAUUACAGGUUGAAAAACACGGAAAAACCUUGCUCACCCGAAAGAGGCCCCAGCACAACCACUUGCACCUCUUUAGUAUCAAGCAAAUAUUCGUACCCUGAAAAAACGAAAUCAUCGGAAUCGAGUCAAGGUUGUCUAUGUAAAACAAACGACGAUGAGGAUUAUACCACGAACGAUUCGUCCCAUACCGAUGGUAGGCUACCAUCAAUCACGGAAAUGUCCGAACAGACAACUUCCGGGAAAAAAACUCCGUCAAAAAGGAGCACUCCCAAAACAAGUCCGAAAUCAAAACCGGCAACACCGCGUUCAAAAAAUGAUGGGAAAAAACAACGUUAUAUAGAAUCGGAUUCAGAGCCGGAGACGUCCAGUGAUGAAGGGUGAUUUUUGUUGUGUAUGUUUUAUUAAAAAUUUAUUCUUAUUAGUGGCAUUUUUCUGUGGUUAAUGUUACAUCCGAGAAACCAUGAAAUUACAUGAAAAAAUUAGAAUUUAAAUUGCUACAAUACAAUAUUGAAAAAUUCAUAGUUGAUUUGCUUUGCUUAGUAACAAAUGUCUUACAAAGUACCUAAUUAGAAGUGAAGAAUACAAUUUAUUUUCCAUUAAAUGGGUGUUAAGGUUAACUCAAGUGCUAUUUUGUGUUAUUAACAAU